GUGUGAGAGCACAGAGGAAUACGAUUAUGAUUACCUCAGCAUCAAUAAAACCUGGGUCCUCACCCCCAAGGCACAGGAGACUGAUGCCACACAGAUCCUCAAUUUGCUGCUGAAGAACUAUGACAACAAGCUGAGGCCCGACAUUGGCAUCAAGCCCACGUUUAUCGAUGUGGAUAUCUACGUGAACAGCAUCGGGCCGGUGUCUGUCAUCCAGAUGGAAUACACCAUUGAUAUCUUCUUUGCUCAGACGUGGUAUGACCGGCGUCUUCGUUUCAACAGCACCUUGAAGGCCCUCACGCUGAAUACCAAUAUGGUGAGCCGCAUCUGGAUCCCAGAUACCUUUUUUAGGAACUCCAAGCGGGCCGAUUCCCACUGGAUAACCACUCCUAAUCAGCUCCUCCGCAUCUGGAAUGACGGAAAAGUGCUCUACACGCUCAGGCUGACAAUCGAGGCUGAAUGUCUGCUCCAGCUGCAGAAUUUCCCAAUGGACACUCACUCCUGCCCUUUGGUUUUUUCCAGUUAUGGCUACCCACGCGAGGAGAUUGUCUAUCGCUGGAGGCGCUACUCCAUUGAGGUCUCUGACCAGCGCACCUGGAGGCUCUACCAGUUUGACUUCACGGGGCUGAGGAACACCUCGGAAGUUCUCAGGACUGGGGCAGGGGAAUACAUGGUGAUGACAGUUUCUUUUGACCUAAGUAGACGUAUGGGUUAUUUUGCCAUUCAGACCUACAUUCCCUGCAUCCUGACUGUUGUUCUUUCCUGGGUUUCCUUCUGGAUCAAGAGAGAUUCUACGCCAGCCAGGACAUCUCUGG